GCGCAUUCAUCCACCGUCUCACAUGACUUUCAGUUGAGGAGGAACUAAGAAUAAGUCAUUGUAUACCUCAAUACUAGUGCUGGAAACUUUCUAGCUUUUUCAUUUCAGUAUAGACAAAAUGAAGCAGGGAAUUGAAGGUGAAAGCUCUGAGUUUUCAGAAAGUGAUGAGCUGGAAGGGUGUGCAGCUUUGCCUUGCUGUAACCCUCACAGACCUGCACAUCGCUUCAUGGUCCUAGGCUUUAUCUGUUUCCUGAGUUUUGGGAGCUACUUCUGCUACGACAACCCGGCAGCUUUACAAUCAAUUAUCGAAAGGGAUAUGGAAGUGAACAAAGAGCAAUUUAUGAAUCUAUAUGCAUGGUAUUCCUGGCCUAAUGUGGUCCUAUGUUUCUUUGGUGGCUUUCUCAUUGAUAGAGUAUUUGGCAUUCGCCUUGGAACAUUGAUAUUCUCGAUGUUUGUUAUGGUUGGCCAAGUCGUAUUUGGACUAGGUGCCUACUUCAAUAAUUUCAAUGUUAUGAUUGCUGGAAGGUUCAUAUUUGGCAUUGGAGGGGAAUCCUUAGCAGUUGCUCAGAAUACCUACGCAGUUGGAUGGUUCAAGGGAAACGAGCUGAACAUGGUUUUCGGUUUGCAGCUCAGUUUUUCAAGAGUUGGUAGCACUGUCAACAUGAAUAUUAUGCAGCCCAUAUAUUCAAGGUUUACUGAAAUAUUUCCAGAGCCAGCUGGUGAAAGUUACAAAGUAUUGGGAUAUUCUUUACUUUUUGCUGGUUUAUUUUGUGUUUUGUCUUUGAUUGCUGGCCUGACAAUGGCAUAUUUUGAUAAAAGAGCAAGCAGGAUCCUUGGAAAAAAUGAUGCAAAGACUGGAGAGGAGGUUCGUUUGUCAGAUUUGAAAGAUUUUCCUUUAUCAGCAUGGAUAAUUUUUAUAGUAUGUGUCACAUACUAUGUAGCAGUCUUUCCAUUCAUUGGAUUAGGGCUGGUGUAUUUCCAAGCAAAGUUUUCACUAAGCCCAAGUGCAGCAAAUAUUUGCAACAGUCUGGUAUACUUAAUUUCAGCAGGUGCAUCACCAGUUCUUGGGAUCAUGGUUGAUAAGACUGGGAGGAACUUAAUUUGGCUAAUCAUUGCUAUAGUAUUUACAUUGGGAAGCCAUGUGCUGUUGGCUCUUACCUUUAUAACACCAUAUUUAGCAAUGAGUGUUAUGGGCGUUUCUUAUUCUCUUCUUGCAUGUGCAUUGUGGCCUCUGGUUGCAAUGAUCAUUCCAGAGAAACAGCUUGGAACAGCUUAUGGUUUCAUGCAGUCAAUUCAGAAUUUGGGGCUUGGUGUUGUUUCAAUUGUUGCUGGAAGAAUUGCUGAUGGAAGUGGUUAUCUGAUUCUGGAGGUCUUUUUUAGUGGAUGUUUGUGCCUAGCUUUGCUGUCUUCAGUUCUACUGUAUUUGUGGGACUCUGUUAAAAAAGGUGGGUUAAACCUUUCUGCCAGGGAUAGAGAGCUUAACAAACUAAAGAAGGAAGCAAUGAAAGAUGUUAUUGAAAGAGAGACAGAAAAAGAACCAUUGGCCUGGCCAAGCCAACGUUAUGAUGAUGAAUUUACCACAGCUCGAAGUCCAAUACGAGUAUCAUCUGCUGCAGAGAUCAGAAGCAGAUUUCUUGCCAAGAUUGGAGGAACAUAUCUUCAGAUGCCUGAAACUUACAAAACUUCAGCUUUUGUUUAUCCUCAUGUUCUCCGCUAGUGAACAUUCAAUGUAGAUAAUUUUGUAAAGUCAGCGUACAAGGCCUGGGUCAUUGCUCUAAACAUCACUUCUCUUCAAUAGAUUAUUUUCUGAACUUUUGGGUCAUUGGAAGUCAGACACCACAAAAUGGACUGUCAUUAAUCAUGAAUAUAUAUUGGUCAAAAAAUAUGUUUUCUACUUUCAUAACUAUUAUGACUAUCAGGACUUCCAUUAAAAACUCCUUAUGUUGUCUUAAUUGAUAUUUGAUGAGGUUCAUGUGGUGUUUUAUUCCCCCUUUUGAAUGACAUUUUUGCAAGAUUAAUAAGGUUGAAAUCAAGAAAUAGAGAGGGUAAUAAUUCUAAAGAAUAAUUUCUAUGUCUUCUUUGUAAGGUUUUCUCCUUUUUAAAAGUGUGCAGUUUUUUACAUGUUAUCAUUUUGAGGAUAUUUAGUCAUUAAUCCUGUUUUUGACACCAAAACAAAUAAACAGUUAGCGUGUUUUCACAUAUUUUUUAGUUCGUUAUCAUUACUAACUGUCAAGCAGGAUCAUCAAAUUACAAGUUGCGAGGAUUUGGAAUCUGAUGGGACCAGAAAUGGGGUGGGUCGAGGAACUUUUUUUAAGAGUCUACACUUUUUCUAUUAAACCACACCCUUUUGUGAAUCCACACCCUGUUGUGGAACAAUUUCUUCAUCUAAAAGGUUAGAAUGAGAUUGUAAUCACUAAAUUUUAGUUGUCUAUAAAUACAAAAAGACAUAACAUCAUAUACCAUUGUAUACCCCUCUCUUCCAACAUUUCCUCCUCAGAUUUAAAAAUAUU